AUGUUGUCGUGGUCGGCUAAUGAUAAUAGAACACUCGACUUUUUUUCUCCCACAGAAAUGCCACACUCGUACGAACACAUCAUCGACGCUCAGCAGUCGUCGGUCGGAGACGAGCUGUACAACCUGACGCAGUUGGCCGAAGUCAGCAUCGUCUACUUCAGACACCACACGGCCACGAUCAUCGACGGUCCGAGUGCCUACGAAAAGGUCAUAAAGAAAAACGAUGGUGUGGUCAUCGACGACGACGACGAAGAAGAUGACAACAACCAUAACACGAUAACUACGGAGCAGACUGCGAAAAAGACGACCAACAACAACAAGGAACGUCAGUGUCCGGAUUGCGGGAAAUGUUACAGCACUUCCAGCAACUUGGCCCGGCAUCGGCAGACGCACAGGUCGCUGGCAGACACAAAAGCCAGACACUGUCCCCACUGCGACAAGGUAUAUGUAUCGAUACCAGCUUUUUCAAUGCACAUGCGAACACAUAGUCAGUCUUGUAAAUGUGGCAUCUGCGGUAAAUGCUUCUCUAGACCAUGGUUGUUGCAAGGGCACAUUCGCACCCACACUGGCGAAAAGCCUUACGAGUGCGAAAAAUGUCGCAAAGCGUUUGCGGAUAAGUCAAACUUGCGAGCUCAUCUACAAACUCAUUCUACUGAAAAACCACACGUCUGUCAGAAAUGCAACAAAGCGUUUGCACUCAAGUCGUACUUGUACAAACAUGAGGAAUCUGCUUGUGGUAAAAUUACAUCGUUGAACAACAAUAACAACAACGAUUAG